UGGGCUGUACAGGAGCUGGGGCUCCUCUGUUGCUCUCAUACCAGUAUCCAAGAGCAGACAGAACUGCCUGUGGACUAGUGCAACUCUGCUGAUAUUGAGGUAACCUUGGUGAGCCCAUGAAUCAAAGGAAGAGUUAACUAGCAUCUUCCUCUGAUGAAGAAAUCAUAACUGCAUGUAAUAUGGAAAAUGGAACCAACCACAAAUCCAUAUGGUGGGAGAAUCACUAUCUUCAUAAUCCAUUUGCCUCUUGGGCUACUGAGUGCUGGACAACAUGGUGAGAACUAUGUAUUGAAGCUCCAAGCUCAUUUCUGACUGGGAACAGUCUGAUGAUUGUGGGCCUUCAGAGCUGGACAGAUAUUUCCCCAGGCUGCUUUUAGCGCAGGAAAGUGAAGAAUUUAUUUGCAAUUCUAAGGUGUGCUUUAACAAACUGAAAACUCUGGGAAGAGUUACUGGAUGCCUGUAAUUGCUAGACCACUGUCAUGCUGCAUCAGACCUGUGAUCCUUCCCAGCACUGACGCUGGUGAUUCCAAGGCUCAGAAGACAGAGGUGAAAGGCAAGAUAUUGCUGGAAUAUCCUCCUGAUUGCGCAUCUGCUUCAGGCUUUUCCAAGUGCUGGAUACAUGCAGCAACCUGGCAAAGUUUAUUUUUCAGAAGCCUGCAGUAACUGGCAAAAAGAUGAAGUUCAUUGCCUUAUUUUUCUUUUGUAUGCUGAUGAACAUGCUAGCAGAUGCCCGAUCAAUCCGGGAUGGAGAUGGUCUCUACCAGGAAGAGGUCRCCAUGCCCUACUGGCCUUUCUCAGCCAAUGACUUCUGGUCGUAUGUGGAGUAUUUCCGGACCUUGGGAGCCUACGACAGGAUCAACGAAAUGGCCAAGACCUUCUUUGCUCAGCUCCCCUUUGGGAGUCGCUUGGGUUAUAAUGUCCCCAGCCAUGAGCACUGAUGGCUCUGCUCCUCUCUGCUGAGGCUGGUGUCGGGAUGUUUGGGGGAAGCCAAGGCUGCCUGGGCAGGUACCGGUGUUACACUCAGCACUCCCUAGUCCCUGUAGCAGUCAUAUAUACACACACAUAUGUAUAUAU